UGGCUGAGGCUUAUUGAUUGUGCUCGAAGCAGACGACCGACGCAGCUGUCGCCGUGUUGCGCGUGUUGUGCUUCUGCACGUGAGCUGCACGGCGCUUGUCCUCCUCCCUGCAGCCUGAGACAUCGCUUAUUCUGUCUACCUGUCGCGUGCGAACCAGCAGCUUGUAGCUUGUGGCGAUGAUCAAAAAGAUGAUUAAGCGGUAACCAUAGUCUUCAUAGACGCACAGCAUUCUGGGAACAUCGGACUCUUCCCACAAACAACAAUGCUGCGGAACAGCAACCUGCUGAUGACUGUCAACAAUGUGGCUUUGCUGUUCACUCUGUUCUCUUUCCCGCAUGUUGGAGGACAAGUCAUGGGAAACAGUCCACCACGACCGGGUUUAUUUCUUCAAACAAUAAUACAGAGUGAAGGACACACCCACUGGAACUGUGAUCGGAAACAUUACUGCCUCGGACUCAGACGGACCCCAGCCUCUGACAUUCACUAUUGCCACCGACGCGACUUCAGCCCUCGUGUACCUGAAUAACACUCGUAAUGUGAACAGCGACACUCGGGCCGUCGACAUCGUCCUCAAGGAAAUCCUCGACAGAGACUAUGAACCGAAUGAUCGGAAUCUGUAUUUCACUAUUUCGGAUGGAUCCAGCGAGAUUCCAGCCAAAGUCAGAUUGUUUAUUUCUGAUGUCAACGACAAUCCUCCGUUCUUCAAAAAUCUGCCUUACAAAAUAACAGUCAACGAGAGUAUCCCACAAGGCACUGUCGUGUACUCAGGUAUAAAAGCCUUUGAUCCCGACAACGGUCGAGGUGGCACAGUGUCGUAUUCCAUGAUGACUGAAGCUCAGGACGCCGAUGAUGGAUACAGGAGCACCUUCACUAUUAACCAAUACGACGGCACCAUCACCCUCAUCAACGCCCUGGACUACGAGAAACACACCUUCUAUCAGUUCAAAGUCAACGCACAGGACGGGGAUGGCUUGAAGGCAGUUCCGGCCGACUUCUUUGUCACUGUUCUGGACGUACAGGACACGCCCCCUAUCUUCAUCAACCUGCCUUAUGCACAGAGAGUGUUCGAGAACAUCACAGCUGGAACACAAGUGAUCCAAGUGGCGGGCAUUGACCAAGAUCGAGGAAUUCCCAAUGCCUUAUCCUACAGCUUCAUUAAAGGUGACUACAGCAAGUUCGCCAUCAACAGCUCAACCGGGUGGAUUACUCUAGGUCCUGGACAGAUCCUAGACCGCGACUCUGCCGACAUGUCCAGCAAUGGAGGAGUGUUUGCCAUGUAUGUACAGGCCACAGAGAUAGUUCCGGCAGGCCAGAUGAAUUAUGGGACCACAACAGCAAAUGCCCUGGUGACGGUGACGGUUGCGGAUAUCAACGACAACGCUCCGGUCUUCAGCUCAUCACAGUACACCGCCCGCAUCAUGGAGAACAUGCAGGUCGGGUGCCGAUCACCUUCCUGUCGCCUAGCAACGUCAUGAGGGUGUCAGACGCUGACCAGGGAACGAACAGUCACUUUUCCCUGACUCUAGAGAAGAGUGGGAGACCGUAUACAGACUUCACAGUCAUCCCACAGGAAGUCUACUCCGAGAGCACUGUACUGAUACAAGUCAAUAACUCAGCUGUCCUUGACUAUGAGCA